AUGAACGAUAAUCCUCUGCCUGAAAGCUCUGUUACGACCAACGGAAACAGCUCCACUAUACCUGGCGCUACAGGCCCUGGCGCCGCUACGAAUGGCGCCAUUGACGAGUCAGCAUACGUGACACCUGUCCCUGAGAUGAACGGCAUCAGCACCUAUCCUCAGAUUCACGACCCAGCCUUCAAUGGAAUAACCCUCCCGGCCGAUGGAAUACCGACAACCAUGUUUCCCGUACAACCACAGCAUCCAAUCUCUGCUGAUGAGAUAGCCCUCUAUGACAGACAGAUUCGACUUUGGGGAAUGGCUGUACAAGAGAAGUUGCGCCGGGCGAAUGUUCUCCUGAUUGGAAUCAAGGGCUUGGGAAGCGAGAUUGCGAAGAACCUCGUCUUAGCAGGAGUAGGAGUGUUGACAAUUCUGGAUCAUGAGCUUGUCACAGCAGAGGAUCUUGGAGCACAAUUCUUCGUUCGCGAGACUCAGAUCGGUCAGAACCGGGCUGAAGCAGCUCUCCUUGAACUGCAGAAGCUGAAUCCAAGAGUCGAAAUAUACACAGAUCCGCAUGCAGCAGUGACUAAGGACCCAGAAUAUUUCCAGAACUUCGACAUCACGAUUGCUACUGGGCUGGUCAUAGAUGUCCUGGGAAGUAUCAACAUGGCCUGCCGGAUGUACGGUCGCAAAUUCUAUGCCGCGGACACGCAUGGAAUGUACGGCUAUAUCUUUGCAGACCUCAUGUUGCAUGACUUUGUCAUCGAAAGAGAGGAAAGAAACAAGCCCACUAAGGUUGGGGACAUUGAAAGCCCGACAAAGUGCGUAAUAGCGGUUGAGUCGAAAAAGGACGGCGAGAAGUCGCAGGAGAUCAUUUCGUACCAGGAGACAUACUCGCCCAUUCAGCUUGCGAAUCUCUCUCCACUCCACGAGAGAGUGAGGAAGACGCGGCGCAGUCGAAUGAAGGUCACGCCGCUACUAUCGUGCCUGCGUGCCUUGUUUGACUUUCAAAGUCAGCAGGGUGGCCGCUUGCCGUCUUAUAAUAGAGCGGAUCUUGAACUGUUCACCAGACUAGCCAACCAAAAGCAUCUAGAGCUUUCGCUCCCGCUCGAAACUCUGAAAUCGGACUUUCUCCGUGGCUUCCUGCAGAACCUUGGGUCAGAGAUCAGUCCGGUGGUUGCCUAUCUGGGAGGUUGUCUGGCACAAGAUGUCAUCAACGUUCUGGGACAAAAAGAACAACCGCUUCAGAACUGGCUUCUUUUUGACGGAGAAGAGUUCACGGCGACGAUAUUCUCGAUACACCCGAUCAAUGAAGAUGCGAUGGAGAUGAUGAGCGCGAACGGAUCGACAAUGAUGUCGAACACUGUGCCCCUGGAAAGUGCAGUUCCCGUGGCUUGA